CUCUGGUCAUCUCCUGUACUAUGUCCGCAGUCUCUGGUCAUCUCCUGUACUGUGUGUCCGCAGUCUCUGGUCAUCUCCUGUACUAUGUCCUCAGUCUCUGGUCAUCUCCUUUACUGUGUCCGCAGUCUCUGGUCAUCUCCUGUACUGUGUCCGCAGUCUCUGGUCAUCUCCUGUACUAUGUCCUCAGUCUCUGGUCAUCUCCUGUACUGUCCGCAGUCUCUGGUCAUCUCCUGUACUUAUGUCCGCAGUCUCUGGUCAUCUCCUGUACUAUGUCCUCAGUCUCUGGUCAUCUCCUUUACUGUGUCCGCAGUCUCUGGUCAUCUCCUGUACUAUGUCUGUAGUCCAUUGGUUCAGAAUUUUUUUUUUUCUUGUUUUUCGCCUCUAAAACCUAGGUGGGUCUUAUGGUCAGGUGCGUCUUAUGGAGCGAAAAAUACGGUAUAUAUAUAUAUUGCAUAGUUAGUCUGGCUGAAA